UGAUGAAGAUGUCAGGGAGUCUCACUAGUGGCUGUGUAACUCUGUUCUUUGCCUUGACUCAUGUGUCGGCUGUACAAAAGCUCGAUUCACUAAACGAUUUGAAGAAAAUCAACUUUGGUCAAUCUGUCCCCAAACACAGUCUUGUCCUGCUUCACUGGUUCGCCAACACAGUUGAGAUAGACAACAAUGACAUCAUGUGGCUGACCUUCGAGGCAAACAGAGGAGAUUACGGCUCACACCACUAUGGCAACUUUGAGGGGCUGCUGGACCAACUGCCUCUGGGAAGUGGAUUUCGGUACUACACUAUUGGCAAUCUGAAUCAAGCAACCUCCACGCCGUUUCCACUUUAUGUUGUCCUUCCCCCUAGAGAGUACGUGGGAAGAAACAGGGACAGGAUCAUAAUUCGUGUCAGGGAGCAGUACAAAGGACGCCAAGCGUUGCAGAGGAUAGACCAAGUGUAUAUGACACAGCAUUAUGACCCUUCUGAACAUCAGGGGACACCUUACGAUCCAGGAAAUACCUUCAGAAUCACAACUAACCUUCUGAGACAGAUCAGAGAGUUUUCUGUGGGAGAAAACCAACAGCAACUGUCGCAACUCAGAAACCGCUUUGGAAGCAACGCCGACGUUGUCCACAUCAGAAACACAUGGGGUGACCUUGCUAGCCUUGGACUUCUGUUGUUUAUUGUGAUCCAGGAAAAGCGCUCCUCUAACCAACACAACAACAGACGGGAAAACAGAGUAAAUCAGUGGUGGGUUAAUGAUGCUCGGGAGAGUGAGAGCAAUGUUCCCAAUGUUCAAAACCAAGGUGAGUUCGUGGUGGAUUUCAACAAUGUUGAGGACCACGAAGCCAGCAGGACCACUGGGAACGGAGAAUCAGGAAGUGACAACACCUCAGCAUCCCGAAACAAGUGGUUGUUCUGUUGUAUUUGUUUUAUUACCGUCAUAGGAUUAAUUAUCCUUAUGUCGGGUCCUCGUGUGAAUGUUCCUGCCAGUCUUCAGUUUCUCCCCCAUUUGGGUCCUGUCCUCGCCUCUCCCCAUAACAGAUAG